GUUUACAGUUUGACAGUUAAAAGUGAAUCACAAAUUUCUCAGUAUUUCUGACUCACCUUUGUUUGUAAAUAUAUCUUUUCUUAAUUCAUUAGGUUACCAUGGUAUGCGGUGUAUAAGUUGUAUAUAAAUAAAUUAUUCUCCGAUAACAUGAUUUGCCUGUAUAUCCCAGUUAUUAUAAUUUAAUGAUUCAUCUUUGUCAUUUUUAACUUUGCAAUAUUAUUUUGAAAUCAUAAAUUUUGAACUUGCACUGAAAAUGCAAGUAUGGCAGUUCAAGAGCAAUUUUUACCUACACGUAAAGCGUUUUCAGCUGAACGGUCUAAAGAUAUCUAUGAAUCUCAAUCUUCCGAUAGUGGUCUUGAGGAAAUUGGAAAUAGAACUUUUAAAGUUUGUUCGUCUGCUUCAAUGUCCGCAAGAGAAAGGAGACAUGCCCAGAAAAAUUUUGAAUAUUCUAUGCAAGAGGAAUUUAGUCCUCGGUUUCACAAAGUACACAAUAAAGAAAAUCAAAAACUUUUCUUACAAGCUUCACAAAUCUUAGAGAAACUUAAUAAACUGUCUUCAAAUGUUGAAUCACAGAAAAGUGCCUUAGCAAUAAGAAAUACAAAAAUGAAAACAAUUGCUAUUUAUCAUGAUAAACUCCAACAGUUACUGAUAGAAAGAAGUUCUUUGUUGUUAAUGGAAGAAAGCUUUACCGCAAUAAAACGGACUACAAAAUGUAUUGAAGAUUUUAAGCAUAUUUAUUACAGUGAGAAAUUGAAAAUGACAACCAUGCCAAUGCAAGCGUUUAAUCGCUUCAUUAGCAGCUCUGACAUUAAUAUUUCAUCGAUUGAACUUUUAAUCAAAAAACUAAAUAAUGUCUGUGACAUGCAUUCAUCUCUGACUAACAAUUACCAAAAUCUAAUCAACCUCUUUCAUGGUGGGGCAAACAUUGAUCUUAAUAAAACAAUAUCAAAGUCCUGUAACGUUUUAAACUCAUUAGAGACUGAUGUGUUUUAUUGGUCUCAUAAAUAUAUGGGAGUUUUUAUGCAAAAAGUCUGUUUAGCUGAUCCUAAUUCUGUAUCACAGGAUUUUUUACUGAAAAUUUUGAGGGCUACUCAUGUUUAUAAUUCACUUCUAAAAAAAGCUAAAAAUUCUCAGUGUAAGCUUUUAACAACUGACUAUAUCUUCUGUAAAUUUAUCUUGUCACAAAAGGAAAAUAUUGUAUCAUUUAAUCUUAUUUUGCAAAAUCUGUCUUUUUUUGAAGCCAAAGUUGCUGCUGAGAGAAUUGUAAAUAAUUUAAGCUCUAAUUGUAAAAAACAUAAACAGACGGAUUUAAAGAGAAAUCAGAUGCAUGAAAUCCAAGAAAAUGAAACAUCUGAAUUUUCCCCCAACAAAAAUCAUGAUUGUUUAGAACAGUCGAAAAUGAAAAAUACUUCUCCAUCUCACACAAGUAAUUUUGCAACCAUGCUACUUGCUAUUAUACAAAGAAAUCAGUCAUUAAUAUUAAAAUAUAUGUAUUCCAUUACUAGUUUAGAAGGGUUGACUGUUUCAAGAAGGAGAACAUUUGAUAGUUUAACACCAACUUCAUCAGCUCGCCAAAUGUGGGAUUUGCCUCAACUUUAUAAUACUGAUGAUAACUACACUUUAUUAGAGGAAGUAUAUUGGAGUAAUUUUUGGAGCAAUAUCAGAAAAUUUGUUUUAAAACUGUUAUUCAAUGUACCCUAUCAUCAGUAUGGAGAUUCAGCAAUUGGAACAAUUAUGUUAUGGCCUGAUUCAUUUAUUAAAAUAGUGUCAGAGACUUUUAAAAUCAGUAUUAAUAAUAAAGAUUUUUCUAUGGAGGGAAGAUGCAUUAUUAAGCAAUUAUAUGAUUGUCUUAUUAUUCAUCAAGGAAAAUUACUUUGGGACAAAGAAUUUUCUCUAUCAUUACCUGCAAUUCAAUCCCAUCUUUAUACAGUAAUUACAACAUCUAAAAAACAACUGAGAACUUAUUCUGGAAAUUCGUUGCAUAAAUGCUUGUGUGUAUUAGUUUCCAACUGCUCUGAAAAUAUACAAGAAAUGGACUUAAUGACAUAUCUACCAGUUUUUCUGCAUUUACAAGCUGUAAUUGAUUCAUAUAUUUCUUGGGUGAACGUCAAAAGCAGAGCUCUCAUCGCUUCUCAAAAUCUUUCUACUCUUUUGCUCAUUUAUUCUUCUGACUGUAAUGAUGCCUCACAACUUCUGAAAUCCAAAGUUGUUCCUGUAAUAACAGAAUUUAGUUCCUCAACAUCUGUGAAAAGAUUACACCCUUCUGUAAUACCUUUCCUUAAAAAUCUUAUCAAUCAAGUUGAUAUAAUCUGUAAUUUUGCUGCUGAAGUGCCUACAAUUCUGCAUAAAUUUUGUAUGUCUGCUGUCACAGAAACGUUGAUGUUUUUAAUUAGAAGUGCCAAAGUGUGGCAAAAAUGUGUUGUUAAUCAGGAAUUCAACUUUUAUUUCGACUCUAUAAUGGAUUUUUUGUCCCCAAUGACAGAAGUGGUAAGACAAUUAGAAGACGCGGGUCCUAUCAUCUUGUCAAUAACAUCCGGAGUGUGUCAAGGUUUUUUAGCAGUUUUACAUAGUAUGAAAAGAAAAUUAAGGCUCAAAAAGGUGCAAAUUCUUCUCAUUGAACACACAAAGUUUCUUCAGUGGUUGGAGGGAUUAAAUUUAUCUCAGUCAGAUCUCAACUGUAUCAAAAAAUCUGCCUAUUUUGAAAAACUGUAUUGUUUAUUGAAUUUUUUACUGAAGUUAUUGAAUAAGCCAAAAUGUUCUUUAACCAGACAAAAUCGCAUCACUCCAGCACAACCAGAAGAAGUACCCUUGCAAAAUAUUCUGACUAAAGAUGAUAUAGCACAGUGGGAAGAAAAGUGUUCUCAGCCUUUUUGUUUUACUUGUAUGUAGAAUAGAAUUUUUACUCUUGAUAAUAUUAUAUUUAAAAAAAAUUGUUCUUAUAAAAUAUAUUAUUUAUUUUGUUUUAAAAUUUUUAUUACCUAUUUUUUAUAUGAAAUG